AUGGGGCUGCCCGAAAGAGCUGUGGGGACACCGGCAGUCUUGAGUGGGGCACCCCUCCUCUCUCUCUGGAGGUUAGCACUGCUCUUUUUCUCCACCUGGGAGCUGGAUGCACAAACCGCAGUGGAAAAUAAACCCCUGUACAUCUGGCAAACAGGUCCAUGGGGUCGUUGUAUGGGUAGUGAGUGUGGUCCUGGAGGGAGCCAGAGCAGGGCGGUAUGGUGCGCCCAUUCAGAAGGCUGGACCACUCUUCACACCAACUGUGAUCAGACAGAACGGCCAGACAACCAGCAGAGCUGCUUCAGAGUAUGCGACUGGCACAAAGAUUUGUACGACUGGCAGCUGGGCGCCUGGAACCAAUGUGUCCCGGUGUCCAUGCGCAAUGCUGGGGUUCAGCGCCCUGCUGUGUGCACCCGGGGAGAGGAGGGCAUCCAGACCCGUGAGGUGGGCUGUGUCCAGAAAGUGAAUGCUGAGCCUGCAGAGGAUGCAAUCUGUGAAUACUUUGAGCCUAAACCACGACUAGAGCAGGCCUGUCUAAUACCCUGUCCUCGGGACUGUGUGGUGUCGGAGUUCAGCCCCUGGACUCUUUGUUCAAAAACCUGUGGAAUGGGCUUACAGAACCGGAUCCGCUGUAUCCUAGCUCCACCACUGUUUGGCGGGUCAGCUUGCCCAAACUUGACUGAGUUUCAGACAUGCCAGCCAGGGGUCUGUGAGGGGGAGGAGAGCCUCUACAGUCUCAGGGUGGGAGCUUGGGGGCUCUGCUCUGUCCCGCUGCCAAGGCAAGCAAGACAAGCUCCCGAACUACCCAGAGAUGACAAACCAUCCAGAGAAACCGAUAAACUUUCCAAAGACGGAGACAAGCUGUCUAGAGGGAGUGAAAAAACAUCCAGAGGGGGGGACAUGCAGUCCAGAGAGGGUGUCCUACAGUCUGGUGAAGUUGAGAAGCAGUCAAAGGGAGGGGACAAGCAGAGCAAAGAGGGUGACAAACAACACAAAGAAGGAGACAAAUGGGCCAAAGAGGGUGAUAAAGUGCCAAGAGAUGGUGAAAAACCAUCCAGACCCAACAGAAAACUGGGUCGAGCAAACAGGAAACCUGACAGGCCAUCCCGACAGGCAGACAGGCCCAAACGACAGAAGAAAGCUAAAAACAAGGAGAAAAGAGAGAAAAUGAGAGAGAAAGUCAGAGAGAGGUUAAGGGAGAGAGGCAAGUCAAAGGAUCCUGAGACGAGAGAGCUCAUCAAGAAGAAGAGGAACAAGAACCGUCAGAACCGCCAGGGAGCAAAGUUUUGGGACCUGCAGGUUGGAUACCAGACCCGAGAAGUGUCGUGUGUCCACAAGAGUGGGGAUGUUGAAGCUCUGAGUCUGUGCUCUCAGGAGACAUUACCAGUGAACUUUCAGGCCUGCGUCCUAACCAAAGACUGCGAUGUGACCGAAUGGUCGGAGUGGUCAGCGUGCUCCAAGGAGUGCCAUGACCCCAACGGCCCCAAGGGUGAACGCACUCGUACCAGAAAAGUGAGCCAGUUCCCAAUUGGUGGAGGAGGAAAUUGCCCGGAGCUCGAGGAGAAAGAUCCCUGCAGCCCCCAGGGAGACGGAGUGCCACCCUGCAUUGUAUACAGCUGGAAGACCACAGAGUGGACAGAGUGCCGGGUGGACGUGCUGCUGAGCCAACAGGACCGUCGGCGUGUAAACCUUACAGGGUUGUGUGGAGGCGGGAUACAGACGCGGGAGGUCUACUGUGUCCAAACCAGCACUGACACAGUACCCAACCUCAGCUCACUCAGAAGCAAAGAAGCAUUGCGACCAGUGGACAGCAAUCUUUGUCUGGGCCUCUCACCGAACACCACCCAGCUCUGCCAUAUUAGCUGUCCUGUAGAGUGUGAGGUGUCGUCAUGGAGUGCCUGGGGACCCUGCACCUAUGAGAACUGUCAAGAUCAAGCAGCCAAGAAAGGCUUCAAACUGAGGAAGAGGAAGAUUGUCAAUGAGCUAAUGGUCGGGAUGGGGAACUGCCCCCACCUGGUGGAGGCAAUACCGUGUGAAGACCCCAGCUGCUACGACUGGCUGGUGAUUCAACUAGAGGAGUGUAUCCCUGAUAAUGAGAAGGAGUGUGGACCAGGAACCCAGAUCCCUCAAGUGCAGUGUAUCAACAGUGAUGGUAAAUACGUGGAAAGACAGCUCUGCCGUGAUGCCAUCCUGCCCAUGCCCGUCGUGUGCGAGGUGCCUUGCCCAAAGGACUGUGUCCUGAGCCCCUGGACCCCCUGGUCUCUCUGCUCCCAUACCUGCUCUGGAAAAAACACGGAGGGAAAGCAGACCAGAGCUCGCUCCAUCCUCGCCUAUAACGCUGGAGAAGGUGGAAUCCUCUGUCCAAACAACAGUGCUCUGCAGGAGGUGAGGAACUGCAAUGGCCACCCCUGCACUGUGUACCACUGGCAAACAUACCCUUGGGGCCAGUGCAUAGAGGACUCCUCCAUUCCGGUCACCAACACAUCUGUGAGCAGAACACAUGGGGAUGACGCCUCCUGCUCAGUGGGGAUGCAAACUCGCAAGAUCAUCUGUAUCCGGGUCAAUGUGGGCCAGGUUCCUCCCAAAAAGUGUCCAGAGAGUCUGCGCCCAGACACCGUCAGGCCCUGCUUGCUACCAUGCAAAAGAGACUGUGUUGUGAGCCCGUACAGCGAGUGGAGCCCCUGCCCAUCAACAUGUCGAGCAGGUGGUAACAAUAAGAAGAAGCAGCUUAGGAAACGUAUUAUCAUCCAGUUACCAGCCAAUGGGGGGCAAGACUGUCCGGAGGUGCUGAGCCAGGAGAGAGAGUGCGAGGCUCCAUCUGUGUGUCAUGGCUACCGGUGGAAAACUCACAAGUGGCGGCGAUGCCAGCUAGUUCCAUGGUCAGUACGUCAGGACAGUCCUGGAGCUCAGGAGACGUGUGGGCCAGGGCUGCAGAUCCGAGCUGUUUCAUGUCGGAAGCAGGAUGGAGGGCAAGCAGACGUUGAAACUUGUCUUAAGUUGGCCAGCUCCAUGCCGCCUCUCAUCCAGCACUGCCAGCUGCCCUGCCAGGAAAACUGUCAACUCAGCAGCUGGUCGAAGUUCUCCUCCUGCACUGCCGACUGCGUGGGUGUCAGGGCUCGCAAGAGGAUACUUGUGGGGAAGAGCAAAAAGCGUGACCAGUGUAAAAACCACCAAAUGUAUCCCCUGAGCGAGACACAGUACUGCCCGUGUAACAAAUACAACGCCCAGCCUGUGGGCAACUGGUCCGACUGUGUUCUUCCUGAGAAUGGCCGUAUGGAGGGUCAGCUGGGCAUGAAGGUCCAAGGUGACAUCAAGGAGUGUGGCCAAGGAUAUCGUUACCAGGCGAUGGUGUGUUACGACCAGGACAACCGCAUAGUGGAGACCUCACGCUGCAACAGCCAUGGAUAUAUUGAGGAGGCUUGCAUCAUCCCAUGUCCAUCUGACUGCAAACUAAGUGAGUGGUCCAACUGGUCACGCUGCAGCAAGUCCUGUGGCAGUGGUGUCAAAGUCCGCUCCAAGUGGCUCAGAGAAAAGCCCUAUAAUGGUGGGAGACCCUGUCCUAAACUAGAUCACGUCAGUCAGGCUCAGGUGUAUGAGGUUGUGCCUUGCCUCAGCGACUGUGGGCAGUAUGUCUGGGUGGCAGAGCCCUGGAGUGUGUGGAAGGUGAGCAACGUGGAUGUGAAGGACAACUGUGGUGAAGGUGUUCAGACCAGGAAAGUCAGGUGUAUGCUGAACACUAUAGACGGACCCUCUGAGCAAGUAGAGGACUAUCUGUGUGACCCUGAGGAGAUGCCACUGGGGGCCCGCAACAGCCAGCUUCCCUGCCCCGAAGAUUGCGUUUUAUCAGACUGGGGAACCUGGAGCUCAUGUGAACUGCCGUGUAGUGGGAACAGUACCCGUGAGAGGAGCGCUUACCCACUCCGCCAGCCUGGAGAAGAGAAGGAUUGUCCCCCGACUACAGAGACAGAGCCCUGCAAACUGAACAGCAACUGCUUUCACUACUCUUACAACAUCACCGAUUGGAGUACCUGUCAGCUGAGCAACAGUGCAGUGUGUGGAAACGGCAUCAAAACCCGCAUGUUGGACUGUGUGCGUAGCGACAGCAAAUCUAUUGACCUCAAGUUCUGCAAAGAGUUGGGUCUGGAGAGGAAGUGGCAGAUGAACGCUUCCUGUGUGGUGGAGUGCCCAGUCAACUGCCAGCUGUCAGACUGGUCUCCAUGGUCUGACUGCACUCACACCUGUGGGCUUUCAGGGAAGCUGUGGAGAAGACGAACAGUGGUCCAGGCUCCUCAGGGUGAUGGGAGACAGUGUCCAUCCCAGAUGGCGCAGUGGAAGCCUUGUCUAGUGAAGCCCUGCUACAGCUGGAGAUAUAGCACCUGGUCUGAGUGCAAGUCUGAGGGAGCAAGGUGUGGAGAAGGUCUGCGCUUUAGGAACGUGUCAUGCUUUGUGUCGGAAAGUUCGGGUGAGCAGGACAUCAGCCUGGUGGAUGACGAGCUGUGUGGAGAUCUGGAGCCCUCGGUGGACGGAGAUACACACAUUGUGCUGCAGGAACCCUGUACUGUUCCAUGUCCAGGAGAGUGCUACCUGAAGGACUGGACCGUUUGGAGUCCGUGCCAGCUCAGCUGCGUAAGGGGUGACGACCUGGGCUUCGGAUCUGUCCAGGUCCGCUCCAGAGCCGUGGUGGCCCAGGAUCCAGAGAACCUGCUGCAGUGUCCAGAGCAGGAGAUGGAGGCACGGCCAUGUACAGACGGCCAAUGUUUUGAAUACAAGUGGGAGACUGCACCAUGGAGAGGCUCAUCUCGCCAAGUCUGGUGUCAGCGCUCAGAUGGACUUAAUGUUACAGGUGGAUGCCCGGCAACUUCCAUGCCGAUUGCUGACCGAUCCUGCGACCCGCCCUGCACCAAGCCACGUUCCCUCUGCACAGAGGUGGGUGUGUGCGGCUGUAUAGAGGGCUAUACUGAAGUGAUGUCAUCGGAUGGUCAACUGGAUCAGUGUACCCUCAUCCCCGUGCUGGAGAUCCCUACCGCAGGCGACAACAGGGCUGAUGUCAAGACCAUCCGAGCCUUGAACCCCACCCAGCCUGCAGCCAGCACGCCAAGCAGGGUGGGACGCACCUGGUUUCUGCAGCCCUUUGGUCCAGAUGGGAAGCUGAAGACCUGGGUGUAUGGAGUCGCAGCAGGAGCCUUUGUUCUGCUCGUAUUUAUAAUCUCCAUGACAUACCUAGCAUGCAAAAAGCCAAAGAAGCCUCAGCGACGGCAGAUGAACAACAGACUGAAGCCGCUGACUCUCGCCUACGACGGAGACGCUGAUAUGUAGAAGUCUUUCUUCUGACCGCACUGAGCUGGAGACUUUCGUUCUACUGCAGGGCACACAGGGUUGCUAUGGAAACCCCUUGAUGUCAGGGCUGCCGCUGGGCAUUGUUCAAACAACACGCAGACAUCCCAGGAACAAGAGUUUGACGGAAAGAGAAACCACAAAGAUCAAGAAACUGAAUCCAUGUCCAUUAGCAGCCUUGAUAUUCCUGUCGUCGUCGUCUUUUUUUUUUAUUUCCGUUUUGAUACUUUCA